AUGAUGGACGUCGGUGAGGAAGUGAGAGACUCGCUUUUCACAUCAAUCGCCGACGACACCACUGUGAGUCGACCCACCGCCAGCGGCGAGGAUGUAUCCUGCCUACAGCAAGACCUUAACGCUGUGUAUGCUUGGGCAGCCACAAGCAACAUGCAGUUUAAAGAAGAAAAAUUCGAAGUACUGAGACACGGGCACAACCAAGACAUCAAGGACACUACAAAGCUGCACACAGAAGGGGGGCAAGAAAUCACACCACAGCCUCACGUCAAGUGCCUGGGAGUGCAUCUCGAUGAAAACUGCUCCUUCCAACACCACAUUGGGGAGACAGUUAGGAAAGCCAAAAUGAUUACAGGCUGGGUGCUGAGGACCUUCACCAGCAGGGAGCCUGAGACAAUGCUGAUCCUAUGGAAGGCCCUGGUGCAGCCUCUGCUGGACUAUUGCAGCCAUCUGUGGUCACCUCACAGGAGAGGAGACAUCCAGCAGCUGGAGGCAGUACAGAGGUCCUUCACCAGACAAAUCCAAGGCAUGGGAGGAUUCAGCUACUGGGAAAGACUCUAG